CAAGAGCAAUACAGAACUAGAAACAUGUUGCCCUCACCCUACCUACCCUCUAGCUGAAAGGGCCCAUUCAACAACUCCUGUUCCUCUUCCCUUUCCGACCCUCAACAUCCUCGUCCUCGACAAAACUUCGACAUGAUCGCCGCGUCGUCCUUCCUUCCCUCCCGCUUCCGGGGUCAGCAGCCCGCGACGAAAGCUUCGGCCCCGUCGUGGUUCAGCAACAAGAUCACUGCCUUGUUGCAGACGCUGGCUAGCCUGACCUCCCUACACCCGAUUCAUACCAUCGUCAUCGUUGCCGUCCUUGCCAGCUCCACCUACCUGGGCCUCCUCGAGGAGAGCCUCUUCGACCUCUCCGAAACUGUCCGCCGUGCCGACUGGUCUAGCCUGACUGAUGGCAGCAGGAGCUUGCGUAUUGGUCCCGAGACCUCGUGGAAAUGGCAAUCCUACGACUCCGAAGCAUCGGCUCCCUCCGGCGCCGAUCAUCUCGCCCUUGUCACCUUCGUUUUCCCCGAGUUGCUCUCCCACAGCUCGCCGAACUCGGCCCCUCUGAUCCACGUCGUGCCGACUCCUGAGAAUCUGUCCAUCACCUCGCUUCCCUCAACCGCCAAUCCGCUCGGUGCCUACUCCCAAGAUACUGCGCUUGCUUUUGCACUCGACUGCCACCAGGCACUGCAGUUUGCGGCUGCCGCCCAGGAGAUCCCCAAUGACAUCCCGGGACAGGAGACGAUGGAUACGGAGCGCGGCCGGGAAAAGAAGAUGUGGAUCAUGAAGGCGGCUAGAGUUCACACCAGAAGUAGUGUUGUGCGUCGGUUCAACAAUAGCUGGGUUGAGUUUGUGGACUUGCUGAAGAAUGCCGAAACUCUUGACAUCAUUAUCAUGGUCCUCGGCUACCUCUCCAUGCACCUAACCUUUGUCUCGCUCUUCCUCUCCAUGCGCCGGAUAGGCUCGAACUUCUGGCUGGGCACCAGCACUCUGUUGUCCUCUAUCUUCGCCUUCCUCUUCGGCCUUCUCGUAACCACCAAGCUAGGUGCACCGAUAACCGUCGUACUACUCUCAGAGGGGCUGCCAUUCUUGGUUGUCAUCAUCGGCUUUGAGAAGAACAUCGUUUUGACACAAGCUGUCCUGUCACACGCAUUGGAGCAUCGCCGUUCUCUGGAAAACGGAACCUCUAAUGGCAACGCUAAGGGGCUUCGCAAGGUCGGUGAGAGCACAACGAGUGUAAUUCAGUACGCCAUCCAAGCCGCCAUCAAGGAGAAGGGCUACGAGAUUAUCAAGGAUUAUGUUAUUGAAAUUAUCAUUCUCGUGGCGGGUGCAGCUUCUGGAGUCCGGGGCGGCCUGCAGCAAUUCUGCUUCUUGGCAGCGUGGAUCCUCUUCUUCGACGGAAUCCUGCUGUUCUCCUUCUACACAGCUAUCCUCUGCAUUAAGUUGGAGAUCAACCGGAUCAAGCGUUAUGUGGAGAUACGCAGGGCUCUGGAGGACGAUGGUGUCAGCCACCGUGUUGCCAAGGAGGUUGCCAAGAACAACGACUGGGCCCAAGUGGAUGGCAAGGGCCAGCCAGCCACCUCUAUCUUUGGUCGCCAAAUGAAGAGCACCAGCGUCCCCAAGUUCAAGGCGCUCAUGGUAUCCGGUUUUCUCAUCAUCAACGUCCUCAACAUCUGCACUAUCCCUUUCCGUGGCACCGACUCCCUCACCUACAUCUCCUCAUGGGUCGGAGGUCUCGGCGGAGUAGCUGGCUCGCCCCCCGUCGACCCGUUCAAGGUCGCGGCUAGCGGACUGGACUCGAUUCUUGAAAGCGCAAUGCACAAGAAUCAGGAGACCGUAGUGACUGUUCUGACCCCGAUCAAAUAUGAGCUCGAGUUCCCAUCAAUUCAUUACGGACUGCGCCCCGGUAAGGUCGAGGACGAGUCGGAUGAUCUGGCGAACUAUGGGAUGGGUGGACGCAUGGUGGGCAGCAUCCUCAAGAGCCUCGAGGACCCUAUCUUGUCCAAGUGGAUCGUUGUCGCCCUGGCUAUGAGCGUUGCUCUCAAUGGUUACUUGUUCAACGCUGCUCGAUGGGGUAUCAAAGACCCCAACGCCCCAGGUCGGCCAAUCAAUACUCGCGAUCUUGCCGAUGCCCAGAAUUUCAACGAUGUCGACACACCGAAUCUUCCACUUGGCGAAUAUAUGCGACCUACCCCAACUCCAUCGGAACCAAUCACACCUGCAUCAACAGACGAUGAUGGAGAAUCGCCCGCCACAAGAGCGGCCACCGAACAGGCCCGCCCCAACGUCUCACUCUCACCUGAAGAGAUGGAGAAACUUUUACAGGAGAAACGGGCAGACGAGCUUACUGACGAGGAGGUCGUUUCCAUGUCAUUACGAGGCAAGAUUCCCGGAUAUGCCUUGGAAACGACACUCAAGGACUUCACUCGCGCCGUCAAGGUCCGCCGGACGAUUAUCUCGAGAACCAAGGCUACCGAAGAGCUUACCAGGGUACUCGAUCGGUCAAAGCUACCAUAUGACAACUACAACUGGGCUCAGGUCUUUGGUGCUUGCUGCGAGAAUGUUAUCGGUUAUAUGCCCCUACCCGUGGGUGUUGCCGGACCACUAGUGAUCGACGGUCGCAGCUACAUGAUUCCCAUGGCCACAACCGAGGGUGUUCUUGUGGCCAGUACUAGUCGUGGAUGCAAAGCCAUCAAUUUUGGUGGAGGCGCGGUUACGGUUCUGACCGCGGAUGGAAUGACGCGUGGCCCGUGCGUGACAUUUGAGACACUCGAGCGAUCAGGUGCUGCCAAGCUUUGGCUGGACUCUGACGAGGGUCAGCGGGUGAUGAAGAAGGCGUUCAAUUCUACCAGCCGAUUCGCACGGUUACAGCAGAUGAAGACGGCCAUGGCGGGGACUAAUCUCUACAUCCGCUUCAAGACUACAACUGGAGACGCCAUGGGCAUGAACAUGAUCUCCAAGGGUGUCGAGCAUGCGUUGAAUGUAAUGGCUACCGAGGCAGGGUUUGAUGAUAUGCAGAUUAUCUCUUUGAGUGGCAAUUACUGUAUCGACAAGAAGCCGGCGGCCAUCAACUGGAUUGAGGGGAGGGGCAAGAGUGUUGUCGCCGAGGCAAUCAUUCCGAGCGACGUGGUGAAGGAUGUGCUCAAGAGUGAUGUUGAUUCGUUGGUGGAGCUGAACAUUAACAAGAACCUCAUCGGCUCGGCUAUGGCGGCGUCUGUGGGUGGUUUCAACGCUCAUGCGGCGAAUAUUGUCGCUGCCAUCUUCCUCGCUACCGGCCAAGACCCUGCCCAGGUCGUGGAGAGCGCCAAUUGUAUCACCAUCAUGAAGAACCUCCGCGGCUCCCUCCAAAUCUCCGUCUCCAUGCCCUCCAUCGAAGUCGGCACCCUCGGCGGCGGCACCAUGCUGGACCCGCAGGGUGCGAUGCUCGACCUGCUAGGCGUGCGCGGGCCCCACCUCCCCAGCCCCGGCGAGAACGCCCGCUCGCUCGCACGCAUCGUCGCCGCCGCCGUCCUCGCGGGCGAGCUCUCCCUCUGCUCCGCCCUCGCCGCCGGCCAUCUCGUCAAGGCCCACAUGCAGCAUAACCGCUCCGCCCCGCCCACACGCUCCAGCACCCCGGCCCCGUCAAGCGGCGCCACGACUCCCGUCGGUCUCGCCAUGACUAGCACUGUGGAGAAGGCGGUCAGGCAUCCUGAGCAGCUAG